AAGGGGGGGGUGGUGGGGGGCUUGCAGGCAGCCGGAGCCACUCCUUGUCCCCACUCGUGCGCCGACCGCAGCACAAGCAGCAUCCAAGAAAGAGCAAAAAGAAGAAGAAGAAGUUAGAAGAGGAGGGAGCGACAGCCAGGAUGUCCGUCCUGGUGCAGCAGAGCGUUCAUGCGAUGCCCGAAGCGAUGCCGACGGCGGAGCCGAUGACGGCACCCGGCUCGGCCGCCGCCGCGGUGGCCGCCAGCCCCGCGCGACACUUUGUCGACUCUAAAUUCUACCUGCUGGUGGUCCUCGGCGAGAUGGUCGCGGAGGAGAACCUCAAGUGCGCCGUGGCCGACAUCGAGAAGGGCAUCCGCUCAUGGGACACCAAUCUGAUGGAUUGCAACCUGGACCAGGAACUCAAGCUUUUUGUAUCCCGACACUCGGCGCGUUUCUCCGCCGAUGUCAAAGGCCAGAGAAUCCUUCACCAUAAAAGCAACGUGCUGGAGACGGUGGUGCUCAUCAACCCCGCCGACGACACCGUCAGCACCGAGGUCCGAUUGAUGAUCUCCGACUCGGCCAGACACAAGCUUCUGGUGCUGUCGGGCCAGUGCACGGAAAGUAGCGGCGAGCUCCUACUUCAGUCCGGCUCGUUUUCCUUCUCCAAGUUCAUCGACAUCUUCACCGACCAGGAGAUCGGCGAACUGCUGAGCACCGUCCACCCGGAGAACAAAGCCCACCUGACGCUGUCCUGCCCCGAUCAAGGCGAGUGGAGAAACUCCCAGCUGGACAAGCACAACCUGCAAGACUUCAUCAACAUGAAGCUGAACUCGCCGCUCAUCCUCCCCGAAAUGGAGGGCCUCUCCGAGUUCACCGAGUACCUGUCCGAGUCGGUGGAGAUCCUCAGCCCUUUUGAGCUUCUGGAGCCGCCGGCCUCGGGCGGCUUCCUCAAGCUCUCCAAGCCGUGUUGCUACAUCUUCCCCGCCGGCCGCGGCGACUCGGCUCUCUUCGCCGUCAACGGCUUCAACAUGCUGGUCAACGGCGGCUCCGACAGGAAGUCGUGCUUCUGGAAGCUGGUCAGGCACCUGGACCGCGUGGACUCCAUCCUGCUGACCCACGUGGGCGACGACAACCUGCCGGGCGUCAACAGCAUGCUGAGGAGGAAGAUGGCCGAGCUGGAGGAGGAGCGCUCGCGGGACUCCGCCCCCGACGGCGACUGGCUGAAGAACAUGAUCUCGCCCGACAUCGGAGUGGUCUUCGUCAACUUCCCGGAGGAUUUGGACGUCCCCGGGCCCGAUGGCAGAGUACGCAAGAAUCUGGAGGAGGCGGCGGCCGCUCGGCAGCUCCUGGCCAAGCUGAAUCUGAGAACCGAGCCGCUGCAACGCCCCGUCGGGAACACCGUCGAACCCACGGUGCUCUUUCAGAAGAUGGGCGUGGGAAAGCUGGAGAUGUACGUCCUCAAUCCGGCAAAGAACAGCAAGGAGAUGCAGCAUUUUCUCAAGCAGUGGACCGGGAGCCCCAAGGACACGGCGUCCAUCUUGCUGCCCGACGGGAAGGAGUCCCAGUUCCCCGUGUCUCACUUGACGUCCAUCGCCUCGCUCAUCGUGUGGCACCCCGCCAACCCCUCGGAGAAAGUCGUGCGCGUCCUCUUCCCGGGAAACGCCACCCAGCGGCACAUCUUUGAAGGCUUGGAAAAACUCAAGCACCUGGACUUCCUGAAGCAGGCGGUGGUCACGCAAAAAGCGCCGCCCGCCCAAGCGCCCAAAGCGGCCAAGAUGAAGAACAGGACCGACAGCAAAGAGAGCCUCAAGUCCGUCAAGUCCACGCCCAAGCCGUCGCCCGCCAAAGACGGCAGGAAAGAAUUCAAGGAGGAGGCGGCCAAGGCAGAUGCCGACCAGCCGACUCCCGAAAAGCAAAAGAGAGAAAAGAACCCGCCCAAGAAGGAACGAGCAAAGGAGUCCAAGGUAAAAACGGAAACGCCGGAGAAAAAGCCGACCCCGAUCAAAACCAAAGCCGAGAAGGAGCGCCUCGCCAAGAAAGACGUGAAGAUGACUCCCGAGAAGAAGAAAGAGGUUAGAAAGGAAGGAGCCAAGAAAGAGGACACGCUCAAGAGAGAUGAACGAGUGAAGAAAGAGGACGCCAAGAAAAGGGACGUGAAGAAGGACGUCAGGAGAGAUUCUCCCAUCAAGGAGAAAAAGGACGACAAGAGGGAGCUGAAGAAAGACGGCAAAAGGCUGACCGCCAAAAAAGUCGAGGAGAAGGUCCUGUCCCCCAAACCAAAGACCCUGAAAAAAGAUGCAGCCGCGCCCUCCAAACUGAAAGCCAAAGCAGGUCCCAAAGUAGCAAAGACGGCCACCGCCGCCGUCGUCCCCGUCGCGCUCCGCCCCGACGACGAAAGGGCGACCAUGUCCUCGCCGGAAGACCUCACCAAGGACUUUGAGGAGCUCCGAGAGGAAGAUCCGCCGGAGGAGGCCGUGGCUGCGCAAGAAGAGGAGCCCACCGUCGUCACGCAGAGCCAAGAGUCCCCCGAGGCGCCCGAGUCCGUCGACGAGGGCAUCGCCACCACCGAGGCCGAAGGGGAAAACGGCACCACUCCGGACGAGCCGGCGGCGGCGCUCAAGGCUCAGCUGGACAAGUUUGAAGACGAGGGCGCCGCCAUGGAGGAAGCGUCCGAUUACGAAGAGAAAGCGGAAACCGAGGAGCUGGACGAACCGCGCAAAGCGCCGUCCUGGGGAACUCUUGAUGAUGAUGAGAAGAAGGAAGAGGUUGCGCCAGCUCCACCAAAAGAGUCUUCGCCCGUUUCCCCCGCCGCUUGCUUCCACGACGACACAUUCCCGGCCGGCGUCGAGACAUCCACCGCCUCCGACGAAGCACCCGAGGAGUUUACCCUCACCUCCGACCUCCCGCGCUCCACCAUGGAGCUCUCCAGCGCGCCCGCCCCGUCGGACGAGACGUCAACUCCGACGACGUUGAUGAUGUCACAACCCGGAGAGUACGAUAAGAGCAGACUCGCGUUACGUUCGGGCGACUCCAAUAGCGAAGCCACGCAGGGCCAAGACUACAACCACAGCGCCUCCACCAUAUCGCCACCGUCGUUAUUGGAAGAGGACAAGUUGACUUGGGACGUUCGAGAAGACUUUGGAAAGCAGGACGCGGCACCUCUGGUGCAUUCCCCCCCGAGCGAGCAGAACUUUGAUUCCCCGUCCACGUUGGCCGCCGCCCCCCCCAUCGAGCUGUCCACGACCUUGGCGGGGUACGGCCGGGCGGAUCCCGCCCUCAGCCCGGAUGACAAGACGUUGGAAGGGGCGGGCUCCCCCCAGUCCUCGGGUCACACGCCUUACUACCAGUCCCCGGUGGAGGACAAAGCGGGAACUCUGCCGCCCGUGUCAGACGACGAAGAGCAAGGUCCCGUCAUCGUGGAGGUCACGAGUGACAAAGAGGAGGAUGACAAGCUGGCGUGCUCUUCCAGAAGCCCAAAGGACGACAUCGACAGAGGCGUCUUUUUCAGACAAGAAUCGGAAGCUCCCUACACGGCCGCUUUUAAAGACGAGAGCAAAAUGUCCAUUUCGGAAGGCAGCAGCGCUUCGGAAAAGUCCAGCACGCCGCUGGAAGAAGCGGCGGCCGAGGACAUGUUUUCGCACUUGGCCUCGGCGUCCACCGCCUCGCUGGCCACCAGUUCCCUGCCCGAGCCCACCACCGACUCGCCGUCCCUUCACGCCGAGGUGGGUUCCCCUCACUCCACGGAAGUGGACGACUCCUUGUCCGUUUCGGUGGGUCAGACCCCGACCACCUUCCACGAGGCGGCGUCGCCGUCCAAGGAAGACUGCCCUCGGCCCAUGUCCAUCUCCCCGGACGUCUCGCCGAAGACCAAAGUCAACGCGCAGAUGCACGACGCAAAAUCACCGGAACAUUCCACCAUGUCGCUGGAGUCUCCGGAUCACUCGUUGGCCCUGGACUUCAGCAAGCAGUCUCCGGAGCACCCGUCGGCGGGAAGCAACUCGCGCGCCACGGAGAACGGCCCCACCGAGAUCGACGACGCUCCUUGGGACGCGGCGGAGAAACCUUUGCUCUUCCAAGACUGCGAUUCGGCCCGCGCCGCUUCCGCGACACCGUCGGACGCAUCGCAGUCCACUCCGUCCGUCACCACCCCGUGCCAGAUGACGGAGAUGCCCCUCGUGGUUGACGGGCCGCCGCUCGCCGUCCCUCCAGACGGCGGCCCCAUUUCGCCGUCCGCCGAGGAACUCGCCAAAGGUGUCGAAGAGACAAAGGCGGCCUCUCUCUCGCCGGGCCAUUCGUCCCAUUCCAGUGAGUCUUCCCCGGUUUCGGGAGGUCCCGUGGAACGAACGUCUGUGGGUGGCGCCCAGCACGAAGCCAGCUCUCUCUCUGCCUUCUGGUUUUCCGACCAAGGGAAACCUUUACCGGUCAAGGAGACCAACCCGUUUCUCUGUGACCAUUCACCGCUUGGAGUGGAAUCUCCCGUCAGCCCCAAAGUGUCUUCCCCGCCGCCGCCGCCGCCGCCGGCGUCCUCACACGCAGCCUGCAGCUUCAGGGAGCCCGCCGACUCCUCCGAGAUCAGUCCGACGGGCUUCUCCAAGACACAAGUGGACCUCUGUUUAGUCACGUCGUGCGAAUACCGUCAUCCCAAGACGGAACUGUCGCCGUCUUUCAUCAACCCCAACCCUGUGGAAUAUUUCCUCAACGAAGCGGAAGAGAAGGUUCUGGAGACGGCGGGGGGCGGGCCUCCCCCUCCAGGGGGGAAGCUUCCCGCAAAGCAAUGCGAAGAGACUCCGCCCACAUCCAUCAGCGAAUCCGCACCCUCUCAGACCGAUUCGGACGUUCCGCCGGGGACGGAGGAGUGCCCGUCCAUCACGGCCGACGCCAACAUCGACUCGGAGGACGACUCGGAGACUCUGCCCACCGAUCGAACGCUCACCUACAGGCACGCCGACCCUCCCCCCGCGCCGAUCAGGGACUCGGCUCCGUCCGCCGGCCCCCGUGACGUCUGCAUGGUGGAUCCGGAAGCCCUCAAGGCCGAGGAAAACCGCCACAACGCCAACACGGAAGGCGGCGAAAAGCCCAAGAAGAAAAAGCUCACCAAGAAGGCGUCGUCGCCGGCACGCAAAAGCGCUCUGUCAAAAGCCAAGGAGUCAAAGACGGCCUCUCCCAAGAAGAAUCUGGGCGAGGGCAAGGACGCCAAAAACGCGACCAAUACGUCAGCGUCCCGAGGUUCCGGCGGGAAGGUCUCUGCUCUGGCCAACUGUCCUCCCAUGUACAUGGAUUUGGUCUACAUCCCCAACCACGGCAACGCCAACAACGUGGACGCGGAAUUUUUCCAGCGGGUGCGCUCGUCCUACUACGUGGUCAGCGGCAACGAGCAGAGGUCGCAAGAGCCCAGUCGGGCCGUGCUGGACGCUCUGCUGGAAGGGAAAGCCCGCUGGGAGAACAACGCGCAGGUGACGCUGAUACCCACCCACGACACCGACGUGAUGAGGGAGUGGUACCAGGAGAGCCACGAGAAGCAGCAGGAGCUGAACGUCAUGGUCCUGGCCAGCAGCAGCACGGUGGUCAUGCAGGACGAGUCCUUCCCGGCCUGUAAGAUCGAAAUGUAGGACAAAAUGGCGCAACGCAAAACAGAAGAAUGCACAUAGUUGAGCCAGGGGUCAUUUAGAGCCCCCGGAUUUGCAUAGCCACGCCUCCAAAAUGCAGACCGGCCAAUCACAUCUUGCUCAAAAUCACUUUGGUUUGCACCCAGCUAAUAAUGCACCUUUUGGGGAAAGAAUAGUUAGCCGGUUAGCCAAAAUGCAAACUAACGUGCGGCUCGGUUACCAUGCAUGGCACGAGCGGACUAAGUUUAGCGACUUCACUUGUUUACCCGGCUAAUAUGAAUUAGCAUAGAUGUUAGCGUAAUAGCGAUGUAACCCUUCAAAGUACUUCAACAUAUACGGAGCAACAACAAACACGACGUUUCUCUCUUUCUCUGCUUGUGGGAACAACUAUUACUGGACCGUCGUUGGAGACCUUCUCUGCUUCUCUGUCUUCUUCUUAUCAAUGACACUCCAUUUCUUCCAGUAGAGCUGAGUGCUGCUUGGCAUGGACUUGCCCGUAACAAAACAAAACAAAACAAAACACGAGUUGUUGGGGAUUCACCAUCGUCACCACUUUUGUCUUACACAAAUGUCAGUGCAACAAAAGACCAAUUUUGAAAGACAAUACAGACAACUUUCUCUUCUCCUUCUUCUAGUCAGUCUAAUAAUCUGCCUUUUUCUUCCUGUCGACAAUGUUAACCUGCAGCGGCCACGUGGUGUAUCCUGUAUGUGUCUUGUGCCCUGAAAACCUCGGUCUCCAAACUCAUAUUGUACGUGCGCUCUCGCCAUUUGUGAAUGUUUCCUUGCGUGCUUUCUGACUGUAUGUGUGCAAUGUGUAACACAACCACUGCUGAAUGACUCCAAAUGCAAAACACAAGAAUAAAAAGGAAAUUGACGUUCC